UCCAAUCCUAGAUUUCAGUCUGUUUGCAAACUCGGACAGAAAAGAACGUCCUCUUUGCUCAAUUAUAUCUUGAUAAAAAUUUAGUCUGUUACACGUUGAGUUUUUUUUUUAAAGAAGUGAAAAAUAUUUCGCUAAUUUUUUGACAGUAAAGAAAUUGUAAUUGAAAAGAACUUUUGAAACAUGGCGGACGUAGAUAGUGUAGUGUACACGACAACGGAACGAAAAGUUCGUAAAGUGAAGAAAACUUCUAAGCGACGUGAAAGCCACGAUCAGAAUGCAGAAGUUACUAUUACCGAGAUGGAAAGUACACCGAAUCAUCACCGAGCCAUAGAAGAUGUUGAUGACUAUACAAAGGCAAUGAAUAAAGACUGGCAUAGUGGACACUUUUGCUGCUGGCAAUGCGAUGAAUCACUAACAGGACAACGAUAUGUCUUAAGAGAUGAACAUCCUUACUGCAUAAAGUGUUAUGAAAGCGUUUUUGCAAAUGGAUGCGAAGAAUGUAAUAAGAUCAUCGGAAUCGAUUCAAAGGAUCUCUCUUAUAAGGAUAAACAUUGGCAUGAAGCUUGCUUCCUGUGUAAUAAGUGCAGAGUAUCUUUGGUUGAUAAGCAAUUUGGAAGCAAGGUAGAUAAAAUCUAUUGCGGUAACUGUUAUGAUGCCCAAUUUGCUAGUCGAUGUGAUGGUUGCGGUGAAAUCUUCCGAGCUGGUACUAAGAAAAUGGAAUAUAAGACACGACAGUGGCAUGAAAAAUGUUUUUGUUGCGUUGUUUGUAAAAAUCCUAUUGGUACAAAAAGUUUUAUUCCACGUGAACAAGAAAUCUAUUGCGCUGGAUGUUAUGAAGACAAAUUCGCCACUCGAUGUGUUAAAUGCAACAAGAUUAUUACUGCUGGUGGUGUGACGUACAAGAAUGAACCAUGGCAUAGAGAUUGCUUCACAUGCAGUCAUUGCAACAAUUCGUUAGCAGGUCAACGAUUUACAUCACGAGACGAUAAACCCUAUUGCGCUGAAUGCUUUGGUGAGCUCUUCGCUAAAAGAUGCACAGCAUGCAGUAAACCAAUUACAGGAAUUGGUGGAACACGUUUCAUUUCCUUUGAAGACAGACAUUGGCACAACGAUUGUUUUAUUUGUGCAGGGUGCAAUACUUCUUUGGUUGGUCGUGGAUUCAUCACCGACGCUGAAGAUAUUAUUUGUCCUGAAUGUGCUAAACAGAAAUUGAUGUAAAUUAUUCAUGUUAAUUGAUGUAUAAAAUGCAGAUGAGAGUAACGUUAAAUAAAUAUAGUUGACAUCCUCUCACAGCAACCGGAUAUUCAACAGAUAUUAAAGUACGUCCCUACGAUAUCCUUUAAUAUUUUGUGACAUCGUGACACAAAAAUAUCUUGCAUACUCUAACGACGUGCGAGUAUCAGUCCACACUGAAAAAAUUAGGUAUCGCUGCCUUCUCUGCCAGUACUGCUGCUGUGGAAUUCAAGAUAUAGCUGUUCUCUUCGAUUUCGGUACAGAUACUUUAUUUUAUUGGAACGCUGUCACAUUGUGAAGAAAAGCAGCAAUACUAUUUUAUCGGUAAAGCAGCUGUCCUGAAAUAAGAGAGAUCGCUGCUAACCCUCGUGAUGCGUCUGCGCACCCGAAUACUGAACAGCAUCAACACUCAAGGCCAGGGAGUGCAGCGCUACGACCACUCAGCUGUCAGAAACACCUAAUUUUUUCAGUGCAAUAUUAUCUGAAUAUCUGUUUUCUGUUAAGGUCUUUUUUCUUUUAAAUUCAAUAACCAAGAGGAUUCCCACAAAGUACAAAAUAUUGAGUCAACAUUGCUAACAUUUUUCAAUAUUCUCGAUAUGUCAGCUUCUGUCAAUAUUACCGUGAAAUGUUGACAUUGUGUUGCCUUGUAAGGAUGUUAUUAUGAUCCAUGUUACAGUCGACAGAACAUCAACAGUAAAAAUAACAUAAAAAAUUUAAUUAUAAAUUUAAUUUACUUAAACGAAUGUAAUUAAGCGAGAAGAAUAAUAACAUUAAAUCGUAUACAUUUUACUGAAAUAUUUACACAAAAUGACGUGAAAAAAGUACUUAAAUAUUGUAGCAAUGUUUACACAACACAACCUACUAUGUGGAUUAAAGUGAAAAGAUCUCAUUCAUUUGUAACAAGCACUGCAAUUUUAUUUAAAGCUUUUCAAGAAUGUACUUUUUAAAAAAAUCACUAGAGUUCCUUGCUUUUGAUUUGUUUUUAAUAACCUAAGACACCUCGUGCCACAUUCUCAUAAUAUAUGAUGAGAUUUAUUUCGAUAAUUUCAAUAUUUAUGAAUAAAUUAAUAAGUUAAAAAAGGUAGUCUAUCAUCAUAAUUCAUAUUUAGUAAAAGUUGUAUAAUAGUUUUAUUCUUCUGAGCAAAAAGUAUGUAUUUUAAAUUAUACAAAAUAACUGAGCUUUCGCUCUAUGAUGCAGAGACUCCUCAGAGUAUUAACAAACUAUUAAACGUAGGAUUUCUAAGAUUUUUUCUUUUGCAGAGUAUAUUUAAAAAUUUCAGAAAUCCAAUCUAAAAGUCACCUAUAAUGUGUUAAAAUUCAAAAUCGUUGCAAAAAAUUAUGUACAUUUCUUAGAAAGAUUGAUUGUAAAACUACAAAACAUAAUUUUGUAAUUUUUGAAAAUAUUACAAAACAUUUUACAAAUAUAUUUAUGUAUAAAUAUAUGAGGAGGUGCUUGUAAGAAAAGUCAUUAAAUAAAAUAUAGAACAACAA